AAAGCGCCCCCGAGUCCUCAGAAGAAGAAAGCCGGACGUAAUAUUUCGUGCGCAUGGCGCUUUUUGUGAAAUUAUUUAUCUUCUGAAUACUUACCCAACUGACCUUGUUUCGAUUAUUGUCUUACCUCACCGCGCUAUCACGGAAUACAGUCCUCUACAAGAUGGAGGCUGAUCUGUAUGACGAGUUUGGAAACUACAUCGGUCCAGAGCUGGACUCUGAUGACGAUGAGGAUGAUCUGGAUGCAGAGGACCGAGAUGUUGACGAGGCUGACGACGAUGAUGAAGAUGAACCUGCUGAUGCCGAUGAGGAUGUCCCUGGUAUGGAGGUGGUUCUGCACGAGGACAAGAAGUACUAUCCUACAGCAGAGGAGGUUUAUGGCCCCGAAGUGGAAACCAUUGUCCAGGAGGAAGACACGCAACCUCUCACAGAGCCCAUCAUCAAGCCUGUGAAGCACAAGCGGUUCACGCUGAUGGAGCAGGAGUUACCUGCCACCGUCUAUGAUAUGGAAUUCCUUGCAGAUCUGAUGGACGGUCCUGAGCUAAUCCGUAACGUCACCCUGUGUGGACAUCUUCACCACGGCAAGACCUGUUUUGUGGACUGCCUGAUUGAACAGACGCACCCAGAAAUCAGGAAGAGGGACGACGUGGAUCUGCGAUACACCGACAUCCUCUUCACUGAACAGGAGAGGGGUGUGGGUAUCAAGAGCGCCCCCGUCACAAUGGUCCUGCCAGACUCCAGAGGAAAGUCCUACCUUUUCAACAUCAUGGAUACACCAGGCCACGUGAACUUCUCUGACGAGGUCACUUCUAGUAUCCGGCUCUCGGACGGCAUCGUCCUCUUCAUAGAUGCAGCAGAAGGAGUGAUGCUGAACACAGAGCGCCUGAUCAAACACGCGGUUCAGGAGCGAAUGGCCAUCACCAUCUGCAUCAACAAGGUGGACCGGCUCAUUGGGGAGCUCAAAUUGCCCCCUACAGAUGCUUAUUAUAAACUCCGCCACAUUGUGGAUGAGGUCAACGGUUUGCUCAGCACGUACUCCACGGAUGAGAACUUGGUGGUGUCUCCUCUGCUAGGCAAUGUGUGCUUCGCCAGCUCUCAGUACAGCACCUGUUUCACCCUGGGGUCCUUCGCAAAGAUCUACUCGGACACCUAUGGUGACAUCAACUAUAAUGAGUUUGCCAAGAGGCUUUGGGGAGACAUUUAUUUCAACCCCAAAACUCGCAAGUUCACAAAGAAAGCUCCCAGCAGCAACUCUCAGCGCAGCUUUGUGGAAUUUGUUCUGGAGCCUCUCUACAAGAUCCUCUCACAGGUGGUCGGGGACGUGGACACGUCUCUCCCCAGAGUUCUGGAUGAACUGGGGAUCCACCUCACCAAAGAAGAGCUGAAGCUGAACAUCAGACCUUUACUGAGGCUGGUCUGUAACCGCUUCUUUGGAGAGUUCACUGGCUUUGUGGACAUGUGCGUGCACCACAUCCCCUCACCACAGGAGGGUGCUAGGAGCAAGAUAGAGCACACAUACAAUGGAGGUCUGGACUCGGACCUCGCGGAGGCCAUGACGGAGUGCGACCCCGAUGGUCCUUUGAUGUGCCACACCACCAAGAUGUACAGCACCGAGGAUGGGGUUCAGUUCCACGCGUUCGGCCGGGUGCUGAGUGGGACCAUUCAGGCCGGUCAGCCUGUCAAGGUCUUGGGAGAGAACUACACCCUUGAGGACGAGGAGGACUCGCAGGUCUGCACUGUGGGCCGGCUCUGGAUCUCAGUCGCCAGAUACCAAAUUGAAGUGAACAGAGUCCCUGCGGGAAACUGGGUUCUAAUCGAAGGCUGCGAUCAGCCAAUCGUCAAGACGGCAACGAUCACGGAGCCCAGAGGGAACGAAGAGGCUCAGAUUUUCAGGCCACUAAAGUUCAACACGGCAUCCGUUAUAAAGAUUGCAGUGGAGCCCGUCAACCCUUCAGAGCUACCCAAGAUGUUGGACGGACUGAGGAAGGUCAACAAGAGCUAUCCGUCCCUCACCACAAAGGUGGAGGAAUCGGGCGAGCAUGUCAUCUUGGGCACAGGAGAGCUGUACCUGGACUGCGUCAUGCACGACCUGCGCAAGAUGUACUCAGAGAUCGACAUUAAAGUCGCCGACCCCGUCGUGACCUUCUGCGAAACGGUUGUAGAGACUUCUUCACUCAAGUGCUUCGCUGAAACGCCAAACAAAAAGAACAAGAUCACCAUGAUUGCCGAGCCCUUGGAGAAGGGGCUCGCUGAGGACAUCGAGAACGAAGUGGUGCAGAUCACGUGGAACAGGAAGAAGCUGGGAGAGUUUUUCCAGACAAAGUACGACUGGGAUCUGCUGGCUGCCAGGUCCAUCUGGGCCUUCGGACCGGACGCCACGGGACCAAACAUCCUGGUAGAUGACACGCUGCCCUCCGAGGUGGACAAGGCGCUGCUGGGCUCAGUCAAAGACAGCAUCGUUCAGGGCUUCCAGUGGGGCACCAGAGAGGGGCCUCUGUGUGAUGAGCCCAUCAGGAAUGUCAAGUUUAAGAUCCUCGAUGCCGUCAUUGCUCAGGAGCCUCUCCACAGAGGAGGGGGCCAGGUCAUCCCCACGGCCAGGAGGGUGGUGUACUCUGCUUUCCUCAUGGCCACUCCGAGGUUGAUGGAGCCGUAUUACUUUGUGGAGGUUCAGGCUCCAGCUGAUUGCGUAUCUGCUGUCUACACAGUUCUGGCCCGAAGAAGGGGUCAUGUGACCCAGGAUGCACCUAUUCCAGGGUCUCCUCUCUACACCAUCAAGGCUUUCAUCCCGGCCAUCGACUCCUUCGGCUUUGAGACCGACCUUCGCACGCACACACAGGGACAGGCCUUCGCCCUGUCUGUGUUCCACCACUGGCAGAUCGUCCCCGGUGACCCCCUGGACAAGAGCAUCGUGAUCCGGCCUCUCGAGCCUCAGCCCGCCCCCCACCUGGCCAGAGAGUUCAUGAUCAAGACCCGAAGGCGCAAGGGUCUCAGUGAGGAUGUGAGCAUCAGCAAGUUCUUCGAUGACCCCAUGUUGUUGGAGCUGGCCAAACAGGACGUGGUGCUCAACUACCCGAUGUGAGACUGCAACACCAAACCCUACUUUUUAGGAGCACUCGGGGAAACUAACAGUAACGCAGAGCUUGACGGCGGUUACUCUGACUCUCAACACCUGAAUCGAUCCAGGCGUUCUUUCCUUUUGGUAUAUGGCUGUGAAAGCUUUUUUUAUGUGUAAAAAUGAUCAUUGUUUUUGUAGGUUAAAAGGACACGGAAAGUUUAAAAAAAAAAAAGAAAUUGGAUGUUAUUUGUCUCGCAUAUUUCGGAAUAAAAUAAAUCUGUGUAAUUCAAA